UCCUGAUUCAGUUUUACCACCGUGUUGUGAUCAGCCGUUUGCUAAUUUUUAUAUUAAUAAUUAAUAAUAAAUAAUUUAUCAAUCACUUGCAAUGAAAUUAAGGAUGCUUAAUUGUUGUCUCGGCGAUAUAACAAGAAUUUUAUUUCUCGCGGGAUUCGUUCUAAUGAUUGACGAAAUUUCGUGUCGGAAAACUUAUCCGAAAGUUAAUCCCAAUUGUGAAUGCGGUUGGUCAGGUGAAGGAUUAUCGAACAGAAUAGUUGGAGGUUCUAUCACGGUUCCACACAUGUUUCCGUGGAUCGCGGCGAUUUUUUAUAAAGGCGCUCUUCAUUGUGGUGGUGCUCUGAUUAAUGAUCGAUAUGUUCUGACAGCUGGUCAUUGUAUUAAAUGGAUCGACCACCGAGGUUUGGACGUCGGUUUGGGAAUGCACGAUCUAAAAUCGGCUUCCGAGGGCUACGUGAUACCGAUCGAGCGUGUAAUUCUCCAUGAAGACUUCGAAAGCGAUUACUUGCACGACACUAACGACAUCGCGCUACUAGAACUUCUUCGUCCUGUACGUUUUAGCGAUACAAUCCAGCCUAUAUGUCUUCCGAUGGGAGGAUCCGACUACUCUGGGCACUUGGUUAAAGUUGCCGGUUGGGGGCGCGUUACAGUAAAUGGUGGAGCUUCACGAUACUUGAGACAAGCGACUCUCAAAGUUAUGCCCUUUGACAUUUGCACCAACACUUCUUUUGGCGAUCACCUGACAACAUCUAUGCUCUGCGCUUACAAUGACAAUACCGAUGCUUGUCAGGGUGAUAGUGGCGGUCCGUUGCUGUAUGAGAGAGCCAAUGGAAGAUAUGAACUUAUUGGAAUCGUAUCCUGGGGAAUAGGAUGCGCGCAACCAGGUGUACCCGGUGUGUAUGUUAAAAUAACAGACUACUUGAUAUGGCUGAGAAGUCAUACGAAAGAUGCAGUUUACUGUUUAAAUAGAUAAAAACUAAUAAAUGUAAAAACCUAAAAAAAAAAUGAUUGAAUUUUAAAAAUAAUAAAUGAAUUAUUAUCAAAACUCAUAACUAUAAAU